AUGGGUGGAGCUCAAAGUACUGCAAAAGGACAGGGCUAUCAUGUUCUCAAAGUACAUGAAAAUUCACCAGCUCAUUCUCUAGGAAUUGAGCCUUUUUUUGAUUAUAUCGUUGGAAUUAAUGGGCUAUCAUUGGAUACACCAUCAUCAUUUAUAUUACAAGAGCAACUGUAUAAUAAUAUUGAUAAAAAAGUAAUUUUAUUAAUUUAUUCAACUAAAGAACAAGAAUUUCGAGAGGUCUCUCUUGUACCUAAUAAGAAUUGGUCAUCGAAACUUGAAAAUGGAUUAAUUGAUAUAGCACCUGAUAGUCCUGCAGAAAUGGCCGGAUUGGUUCCUUUUACAGAUUAUGUUAUUGGAUCACCUCAUGCAACACUACGAGGUGAAAAUGAUUUUUAUGAAUUGGUCGAAUCAAAUUUAGGAAAACCAAUUCGUAUUUACGUUUAUAAUGCAGAUUUUGAUGUUUAUACUACUGAAAAUUCUUCCUUAACAGACAAUUCAACAACAAUAUCAACAAAUGAUUUUAUAGCAGAUACUAACACUGAUACUACAACCUUUUCUGAUAUCCCUUUAUCAGACUUGAACACUACUCAAAUUCCUCCUCCAAAUCCUUCUGUUUCAAUAGAUUCUAACGAAGAAAAGAAUUAG